UCUGGUGAACUUUUCUUCCCAGCUGACGGGAGAUCCUUGAGUUCCUGGGAGGAGCCCUGCCCCAACCCUGAAAAUUCCUACGCACUUUGCAAACUACUCAUCUCUUGAAGACCUAGACGUAGUGGAUUACAAUAAUUGAAGAGCACCGGGAGCUUGGAAGCUUAUUCUGUGUUUAGCGGGUGAACUCCGCUGCUCGCAUCCCCAAGCAAGGGGAGGGAAAAUAGGAACGCUUUUGUUACCUUUUGAAAUCGGAAGAGCAGAGGGGGAACCUGGGCUGGAAGUGGGGAUUAGCGGUCCCGCAAAUCUUCCGUCUUGGCUCACCCCAUCCUGCCUCUGUAUAAAAGAAUCUUGCAGAGUCGCCUGGAAACCCAGUCCAGGACCCAGAAUCGCUGGCCGGCACCGAGGCCCAUCCACUCCGCUGAAAAAAGACCACAAGGGAUCGGGUCCAGGCCGGAUGUGACAGCUUCACCCGCUCCCGGAUCGACACCGGCCCCACUUAACGCCCACCACUGGAAACUGGACAUCUGUAGGCCUGUGCUUGGUUUUCUAACAAUGGAGAACAGUAAGUCUGAUGGAUUCCUGAACAAGACAGCCUAUCCUGGCUGCCUGCCCCCGGGCAUCCCAAUGAAUCCUUCGCAAUUAUCUUGGAGCCAGCCCUUCAGUGCCUCCUUUUGGAUGGACUCUACUUACUGGGGACCAUCCUACCGUGGUCCCUCAAGGAGAUCUUCUUACUUACCUCUCUCUAGGCAGCUGGAAGCAUCCGACUGUGCCUUCGAACCUGCCUUCAUCCGAAAACGGAAUGAGAGGGAGAGACAGAGGGUGCGUUGCGUGAACGAAGGGUACGCCCGACUCCGCGAACAUCUCCCCCAGGAACUGGCAGACAAACGCCUCAGCAAAGCGGAGACUCUCCGCGCUGCCAUCGGCUACAUCAAACACCUUCAGAGUUUGCUGGACCGUCAGCCUCCAGGAAUGCCCGGUAAGUCCAAAGAGAGCCAAGCCGUUUCCAGACCUCUCCCAAGACCGGAAUGCAACAGCGACGGAGAAUCCAAAACAUCCUUAGCCUCCUCUCCGUACAGUGAGGCCGAAGAGGCUUGCAGCUAGGAAUUGUCGUCUUGGGGAACAAACUUACUCUCCAGAUCCGGUUCGAACAUUAUUCGGCACAUGUUACAGAAUCCACCCAGAGGGUGAUCUCCUUGUGUUCCUUUAAUCUCCUGGUCAAAGUUAGCCAAGGGAAAGGAAAUGGAUGCUUUAGGGAGAAAAAAGGCAUUCUUUGGCUGGAUCUCCCUCCUGAACUGCACAUCCGCAAUUUAAGGAGCUCAUUAAGGAUCUCUCUUCCUAUGUUUUCUGGGUGAGAUGCUGGGUUUUCAACCGGGUGCAUAUGCUUUCUGCUAAUUUACCUUCUCUAGGGUUGGCAUGCGAUGUAGAAGUGGGAAGGCAACUGUGAACGGAAUUCCACUGACUACGGUAAUCACAAAACAAGCUUAUCAGUAAUUUAUACAACCCACCCUAAUAUCAAGAAUUCUCCACAGAGAGUAAAUGAGAAGAAAGUUUUCCGCGUUCCCGCCUCGGUGAAUUAUAUUGGAAAUUUAGCUGAUAAUGCUUUAGGUGACUGAUUGUGACUUCAGGCUGACAGCGAGAGCCAAUACGUUAAAAGGUACCGCCUCUUGGCUGGGUGAGAAGUGAUAUGCUCUGGACUGUUGAGAUGCUAUUUUAUAAAAUAAAUCAGUCACUUUGAAACACUGGAACAUUUAACAGAGACUAAAACUGAGCUCGCUCUGAAUAUUACUGAUUUCUUUGUCUCGAAGGGAAAGAAGGUUUGUAUGAAAAAUGAUUUCCAAGUAUCGGUUGUUCUGUGUUCUUUUCAUUCUCUCCUAAUAAAGAUCAACAUUUCUUAAUCCCCCUCUUUUCUUUCUUCCCCAACCUUCCAAGCCCCUGCCCAUCUACCUUUCUGAUACCGAGAUAAACUACCGGAGAAAAAUGGGGUGAAACUCUUUAAUGGUUGUUUGCAGAGCUUACGGAAAAGAGAGAUUUUGGUGGUCAGGAGGAGGAGGCUCUGCCCCCGCUCUUUCACUAAUCUGCUUUGUGACUAGCAGCAAAUCAGUUACUUGUGAA